AUGUCAAUAUUAGUAUACUUUAAAGUUAGAUGUGAGACACAUUAAUAAUAAGAACUUAGAAUAGUAGGAGAUAUACCAGUUUUGGGUAUGUGGAAUCCAUUUAAUAGUCUUAUAUUACAUACCAAUAAUGAAAUAUACCCUUUUUGGGUAGGAUAAAUUAAAGAAGAUCUAGAAUAAAGUAAAUUUGAAUCUAAAAUUUUAGAUACUCUUAUAUAAUUUAAAGCAGUUAUAUUUGAGUGUAAUGAGAUUGUUUGGGAAUAAAGUGAUAAUAGGGCUAUUCAAAUUAGAUAUUAUUCUUAGAGUGUUCUUUUUAAUUUUAAUGGCACAUUCACGUAGAUGGUCAAAAUUCAAUCAUUUUAUGAUUAACCAUCUGAUUCUGAAUCAGAAUCAAUUGAUAUUAGUAUAUUGUUAUAUUUAUAAUAAAGAAGGAGCAAGAAAAAUUAAUCUUUAAACAUCUCAACAUCCUUAUGAUUAUGAAUUCGUAAGUUCAGUAAAAAAAACAUAUUUUAAUUAGGACUCCGGACUAGAUUAGAGUGACAACUUAAGUUUACAAAAAUCAAGUUUAAAUUCAAAGUCUUCUAGUUUAGAAUAAUUAGAUAAUCAUGAAAGCCCUUAAUAAAAAUACAUACAUAUUUCUAGUUUUAGAUUCUGA